AUGGCGGAACUGCACAGACUAGAAACGAUACAUAAAAAGAUCCUCUCACCGACCACUCUAGCCGAACUAUACACGACUCGGGACCUCCUUAAAAGACUCACCCACUCCGACACAUCCAAAGCCCUCAUGUGGUUAAAACAAAAAUACUACGAAAAGGUGAAGAAAGUGAAGAAAGUGGCCUGGAGAUUUAAAACACGAAUAGAAUCCAAGCGGAUCUCCUCAAUCCGCACCAAGGAGGGUGCCAUUAGUAACUGUCCGGACCACAUUGGGACUACUACACGGCACUAUAUAACCAUGCCCAACAGACACACACUAACGCAGACACCUACAGCACCCGAAUAG